AUGUUGAUAGCUAAUAACUUCCGAGGCAAGGUUGCCGUGAAAAGCCUGGUGACGAAGGGAGUUCUUGUCAAGACCAAGGACACCGGGGCCUCCGGGUCUUUCAAGGUGAACAGGGAAGCUAAGAAGGCUGUGGCACCUAAAGUCAAGAACACCGCCGUGAAGAAACCAGCCGCUGUCAAGAAGGCUUCACCAAAGAAGGCAAAGAAGCCCGCGGCCAAAAAGCCUGCCGCCGCGAAGAAGACUACCCCGAAGAAGGUGAAGAAGGUUGCCACGCCCAAGAAGGCAAUUGCCAAGAGCCCCAAGAAAGUCCCCAAGAGCCCCAAAAGAGCAGCCAAGCCCGCUGCUAAGAAGACUCCCGCAAAGAAGGUGACAAGCUCAAAGCGGCCAAGAAGGCAACCCCUAAGAAGAAGUAGAUGAUCUCACUAUUAUGUUUAAAAACCCAAAAGGCUAACGGUUUAUUCUAUCAGAG